CUCUGCACCCUCAUCAACUCUGUGUCGCGUGUCAUACUGGACCCAACGGAGCCCGACAAUUCUCGGAUACUGAUGCAAGCAUUCUGACGCCCCGACGAUGAGUAUAAAGCCGUAUUGUAGCAUAUGUUGGGACAACCAUCCCUUGAGCGCGUUCAGAUUUCUGCCCUGCGGGCACGGAAUCUGCGUGGAAGUCCUCCGACACCUUCGGCCUGCCAGUGGCCCCCGCGUACGCGCUCGCUACGAAUGUCCUAUGUGCCGGGAACCCUUCCACAGUGGCAUAUCCAUCUAUAUCGAGUCGAGGGAUCCAGCUAGCGAUGCGUCGCAAGCCGACGGUAACGGCGAAGCCCCCUCGCAGCGAAGCUAUUCACCGGCAGUCUUGAAGCAGGCGACGUAUGUGAAAGAGAAGUUCGACAAGAUAGGCCCGGAUAGCAAGCCAGAGUCGGUUGUGCGGUCCGCCAAGGAGCUCGGGAAGGUGGUGAACGGGAUGGAAGAGGGUGACUGUGCAGUGAAGGCCCUCCUCUCGUCCAUCGCACUAUUGCUGGAGCGGCUUACGAGUGUUUUCGUGACGCUGGCCUUGCAAAAGAACAACGUAUCUUCUUUACAAUGCGCACUGCAGACUGCCCGGGAGGAAAACCGGCGUCUGCGCAGCGAAGUGCAGGAAGCCGAGAAGAAUGCGGACGGCGUCAUCAAGACCGCCCAAGCCGCCAGCGAACAGUUGGGCGACGCGAUGAAGGAAAUUGAGCAGCUGAAAGGAGAGCUUAGGGACCGAAAGAAGAAGCAUGCCGCGCAGCUAACCGAGAAAGUGGACGAAACCGCGGGUCUCUACAAGACCCUUCACGCUCACAAGGCGAAGGAAACCAAACAGGCGGAAAGGAUUCGAGACCUGAAGAAGCAGCUCGCCACGGCGCAGGAGGUGGCUACUCAUAACCGUAAUCGCCUUGUACUCGAGACACCUGCGUCAUCGCGUACAAAUACACGACAUAUGGAGAGUCUACGUCGUCCUGUAUCUUUCGAGGGCAAUGCUGAUCUAUGGGACGACGACACCGAGCCAUUAUUGUCCAGGCUUGACCUGGAUGAUGCAGACGAACCCCCACCACUGCCGCCCUUGCUCCCCACACCACCCGACGAUGUCCCAGAACGUUUACACCCACUGCAGUCCAACUUUACAAGCGAUUGGAACUUAGAGCUGCCAGUAAGCAAAACUAAACGCAAACGCACGCUGUCUGGGCUGGACCCCGAACCAUCACGAAAGCCAUUCCCGAUCAUGCUGGAUAACAAGGGGCGUCCGAAAGGUCCUGUACAGUUGGGGUCACGACAGAGGGAGAAAAUCGGCUGACAGGCUGUUGGCUCAAGUGCUGAGUGUUUGUCCAAUACGAAACCAAUAUGAAACGAUUGUAUAGUGAUUAGGACUAGGUGGAUGUAAUUUUAGUGCAAUGUCCGGUGAAUGCAG